AAUGUUAAUGUUCAAUUAUUCGUGAGAGGUAUAAAAUGUUAAAUCCCACAGUUCUAGGGUUUUAAGGUUGUUGCUGUGUCAGCUUUCGUGCUUGUUGUGUUGGAUCUACUGUCACCGAAAGACGAUUCAUUUGAUUUGAUAUAGCCAUGACUGCUCAGACCCAAGAAGAGCUUCUAGCUGAGCACCUCGAGCAGCAGAAGAUCCAUCAUGAUGAACCUGUAGUUGAAGAUGAUGAAGAUGAUGAGGAUGACGAUGAUGAAGAUGACGAGGAUGAUGACAUUGCUGAAGGACAUGAAGGUGAUGUUGGUAGGUCCAAGCAGACACGGAGUGAAAAGAAGAGUCGCAAGGCAAUGCUCAAACUUGGAAUGAAACCUGUUACAGGUGUCAGCCGGGUGACAGUGAAAAAGAGCAAGAAUAUCCUAUUCGUUAUCUCAAAACCAGAUGUUUUCAAAAGCCCAACAUCCGACACAUACAUCAUAUUCGGGGAGGCCAAGAUUGAAGACUUGAGCUCACAGCUACAAACUCAGGCAGCAGAGCAGUUCAAGGCCCCCAAUUUGGCUAAUGCAGGACCGAAACCUGAAUCUUCUAGUGUUGCCCAAGAUGACGAGGAUGUGGACGAGACGGGAGUAGAUCCCAAGGACAUAGAGUUGGUGAUGACUCAAGCUGGAGUGUCAAGAUCAAGAGCCGUUAAAGCUCUCAAAGCUGCGAAUGGCGAUAUCGUUGCGGCCAUUAUGGAGCUAACUACUUGAUGGAUGGCAGAUUCUGUAGAAUUUUGGUAUCUGGACUCCUCGGUUAUUUUUCUCUCUUGAUCGAAAUUUUUGCUCUCCUGGGUUUUUAAGUAGUGAUUUGACAAUAUCUCUGUUUUCUUCAGCUUUUCUGUGUAAUGAAAGCACAUUUUCAGCAUUGGCAUGUUUUCAUGCCAAGAAUGACAAUCAUGAUUACCAAUUGUCUUUCUUUGUUUUUCACAAA